UUCGAAGUCGAGUGCCGAGCGCCGAGUACUAACGAGUGCCGGGAACGAAAUUCUGUCUGCUAGAGGAGGCACUUACUUCGUUAACGCCUUUAAACGUGAAAUCGGUUGCGUUAAUCGUUCCGUGCGAAUAUAGCACGAAGGAUCGUUCAUCUCUUCUUCAUUUCGAUUAUCACGCUUAUACGGUAGUUCUCGAUCACAGCCUCUUAAACAUUGAAUAAUCGUUCUUCCAACGUACGUCAUUGGUCCAUUCUUUCUGGAUCUCAUCAACGAAUCCUAAACCGACCAAAAACUACUUCUAUUCUUCUCUUUGGUCACUAUACUUCGAAACCAUGAAGUGGCAUUCUAAUCAUCUUGAAAAUUUAGUGCUGAGGAAUGUAGGCGACGAAAGUACGGAUCAAAACAAUAAUAUAACUAUGACGAGCGAGGAUUUAUUACAACCUGGCCAUGUGGUCAAAGAACGAUGGAAAGUGGUUAAAAAAAUAGGGGGUGGCGGAUUUGGUGAAAUAUACGAAGGCCUAGAUUUAAUGUCAAAAGAGCAGGUUGCUCUUAAAGUGGAAUCCGCACGUCAGCCUAAACAGGUCCUUAAAAUGGAAGUUGCUGUAUUGAAAAAAUUGCAGGGUAAAGAACAUGUUUGCAGAUUUAUAGGCUGUGGUCGUAACGAUCGAUUUAAUUAUGUUGUAAUGCAAUUGCAAGGAAAAAAUUUAGCUGAAUUAAGACGAGCACAGCCAAGAGGUGCUUUUUCAUUAUCAACUACUUUACGACUAGGUCUUCAAAUUCUGAAAGCAAUAGAAAGUAUACAUCAAGUAGGCUUUCUUCAUAGAGAUAUUAAACCUUCAAAUUUUUCUAUUGGACGCCAAUCAUACAAUGCUAGGUUGGUAUAUAUGUUAGAUUUUGGUCUAGCCCGCCAGUUUACAACAGGUACUGGUGAAGUUAGACCACCCCGUGCUGCUGCAGGGUUUAGAGGAACCGUCCGGUAUGCAUCUGUUAAUGCACAUAAGAACAAAGAAAUGGGACGACAUGACGAUUUGUGGUCUUUGUUUUACAUGCUUGUAGAAUUCGUUAAUGGUCAACUACCAUGGCGUAAAAUAAAAGACAAAGAACAAGUAGGUUUUAUGAAAGAAAAGUAUGACCAUCGUUUACUUUUAAAGCAUCUUCCAUCUGACCUUCGCCUGUUUUUGGAACAUAUUCAGAGUCUGGGAUAUGCAGAUGAACCAGAUUAUGCAAUGUUAGCUGGUUUGUUUGAACGAUGCAUGAAACGUAGAUGUGUGAAACCAAAUGAUCCUUAUGAUUGGGAAAGACCAUUGAUAGCUAAUGAAGGUUUAUCAACUACCAGAUCAUUACCUACAGUUACUGUUCCUCCUGCACUUACAACAGCAACUGCUAUUAAUCAGCCUCCAACCAUACCAACUGUAGAUACAAACAACCAAGAAAAUGUUGAACCAGACAACCGAAAAGAGUUAGAUGCACUGAUGGAUUAUGAAAGUGUAUGUAGAAGAAACAGACAACGUGAAGUUGAAAGUUCUCCAGUACCAUUUGCAUCGGCUAUUAGUAAUCAUGGUCGAGAUAAAAAUUGUAAUGCAACAAUACCUACAACAGAUAACACUCAGCCUGGUACACAAAAUACUGCAAUUCUUCCUGUAGUUCAAGGUUCUCCGAAAAAAAGGCGUGCUUUAUCAAUGGCAGUAGAACCACAAACUCCUGCCACAACAGUAGAAAAGCAACUGGACAAUGAAGGUGAUGCAUUAAUGGCGUCUGCUUGUUCAGCUUCUGAAGUUCCUCGUUCUAAAGUGAUGUCAAAUGCAGUAACUCCAUUAAGAAAAUCUGCAAGUGGCGCAACAUUUGCUCGUUUGCGUGUUGCAACUGCUCCAGAAAAAACUUCUGGUGAACCACCAAGUCCACGUGUACAAACUGAAGUGGAUGCAUCUUAUUGCUCAUAUGAUGUGACUAAUACAAAAUACAUAGGAAAUCAGAGUCCCCAGGUUACUGAACAGAGGGAACCAUUACGACGGGAACCAAGAAGAAGAACGGAUGGGCGACAGCAAGGAAGAGCAGGACGUGCUACUGUACGGGAUUGCUCCAUUACGCAGUUUGCGCAGAUAGAUGACGACAAUGUGUCAGCCUUACAACAAGUGACGAAAGGUGGUGGUGGAUUAACAUUAGCUUCACAAUGGAAAUCACAAUUCGAUGAUUCUGAAGAAACAGAUAAUGAAUGGAAAGGUGAAAAUUUACAAAGUCCUGAGCAUAAGGGUACGAAUCUACCAUCUCUGGUUCCACAGACAGCUAAUGAAGCUAAUACUACAACAACUUCAAUACCAGUACCAACUGAUACAAAAGCAGCAGGUCCACAUCCAAGUAGUUCAUCAAAUACAAUACAGCAACAUGUGGUAGUACCAACAGCUUUAUCACGCAUAAGUGAAGAUUCUCCACGUCCGGUAGUUCCACAUAGGUGUUUAAAUAUUGCUGGUAUAGAAAAAUAUCCAGAACUCCAAGGAGCUCUUCCACGUGCUUGGAGCGUUCCUACAUUAGCAUCACACGUUCGUAACCAUCUUGAAGCUCCAUUGGUUCAACAAGCUGCAUUUGAUGAUUUGUUUUAUGAAGUAGAUGUUAUGAGAAACAUUGCUACAAGAUAUGAUGAACCAAGACAAAAUCCACCACCAAGGAGAGCUAGUGUACCCGCUGUUGCUUUUUCACCUCAUAAUACUGUGCCAAGCACUCCUGCUGGUGAUGAAGAAGAAGAAGCUGUAGCAGGAAAGCUUGAAAUUAGAGUAGUAGACGCAACAGGAGGAGCUACAGUAAUACAAACAAGUGCUGAUAGAGAACCAUUACAAAGAAAAUUAACAAAUGGUACUGCAUGUAGUCCAGCUAGCCCAAAUCCAGGGCCUGAAGAACCAUCAGUAUAUUAUGAUGCAAAUGAAAGUCGGGUACCUAUUAACAAUAUUCAGAAUAAAGAGUCUGGUGCUACCACUGCCGUAACCACUGUUCCAAACUCAGUGCCAUUACUGCGUGAAUAUAAGGACAAUAAAGAGAAAGAAACACCUUGCAGAACGUAUAAUAUUCACAGUAAAAUACCAAUACCAGUGAAGAGUCCUAAAUGUUCAUUAUCUGAAUCUACUCCUGAAACUAACACACCGAAUACUAGGACUGGAACAGGAAGUGAAAUAGAAAAAUCACCAGCACCCAUGGUUGUAACUAAGGAAAGAGAAACUACUAUUAAAGGUAAACCCUUGACAGUACAUAUGGAGGCACCUGCACUUCGUCGUUGUGCUACUUUACCUGAUGCAAGACCAAAUAUGUCACCUUUAACAUCGGCUAGUUCGGCAGAAGAUGAAAAUUUAACUGGUUGUACACCAGCAUUACGCCGUCGUAGACAAAGUGAAAAGUAUGUAACAGAUGCCAGUCAGCUUAAUUUACGAUUUCAAAGACCACAACGUAGGAUGAGGCCAAAUUCUGAAGUAUUACCAAGAUGCUUCCCUAGAGGUGUACCUUCACAUCUAUUAGGAGAAGGUGGUAAAAGAACAGAAGAAAGCAGUGAUAAUGAUUCUGAUAGCAGUGGUCCACAGAAUACUCAACCUCCACCGCCGCCAGCAACUCUUCCACCUCAUGUAGCGGAAAAUAAUGCUAGGUGUCGCAGAUUUAGACCUAUACCAGAUGCUACAGUAGUUAGCAGAGAAUCGUGAGAAUUAGUGUUCAGAAUUUCCCAAGUCUGCUUAUAUUACAAUCAAGACAAUUCAACCACAACCAAAUGGGAGUGUCAUACUUUCUUGGAAGAAUACAGCCUUCAUAGUAAUCCGAGAUGCUCAUUAGAACUUAAAGACUUUGCUGAAAGGAACGGAUAUUCAUUGUUAUUUUAUAAGAGAAGCACAGCACUAUAUUACUUUGGUAUGUGAUCGCGUAAAAUAUUGUUUUAAAAUCACAUUUUCAAUUAAAUUAUCGUUAUUUAUGA